AUUUGAUUGAUUCAUUGUAAAUCGCUGAGCUAGAGGUCUGCACCCAGCUCCAAGGAGUGGUAAUUAUGUUGAAUUCAAAUGAAGUAAUGUUUGCUGAGGAGCUCAGGUGUUAACAUGUCCUAAUUGGGGGAGGGUCUUUGAAGAGCAAACACAAGCUGCAGCCCAAAUGGUAUAUAACCAACCAAAAAGCAAUUGGGCUCUUUUUUUCUCAAAGUCUUAGCCAUUUCCCUUCUUAGGUAAAGCAGAUGCUCUAAGAGACCAGAAUGGAUCAUCUACACAGCUUUGGGGUUCAAAUGACUCUUUACCUUCAGAAGAAUUACCAGAGCUCCCAGGACUGGUUCCUCUUUAUCUCUUUUGCUGCUGACCUUAAAACCACUUUCUUCAUUUUCUUCCCUAUUUGCUUUCACCUCUGUGAACCUGUGGGCAUCAGGCUGCUCUGGGUAGCUGUGGUUGGGGACUGGCUCAACCUGGUCUUUAAAUGGAUUCUCUUUGGGCAGAGACCCUACUGGUGGGUCCAUGAGACUAGUUACUAUGGCAACACCUCUACCCCAGUGAUCCAACAGUACCUUCUCACAUGCGAGACGGGGCCAGGCAGCCCCUCGGGCCAUGCUAUGGGCUCAGCAGGCAUCUGUUAUGUGAUGGUGACGGCUCUGCUCCAUGCCUGGCUUCAGUGCCUUCAGUCCUCCUUCCAGAAACGGUGCCUGCGAUGGGCACUGUGGACAGCAUUCUGGGGGGUACAAGUGUGCGUGUGUCUGUCCAGGAUCUUCCUAGCUGCUCACUUUCCACACCAAGUCAUUGCAGGAAUAAUUUCAGGCAUGGCAGUGGCUGAAGCUUUCCAACACAUCCACUCCAUUUACAAUGCCAGUCUCCGGAGAUACCUGGGCACGACCCUUUUCCUUUUCAGCUUUGCCCUGGGCUUUUACCUGCUGCUGAAGGUUCUUGGUGUUGAUCUGCUGUGGACCCUGGAGAAAGCCAAGAGGUGGUGUGACCAGCCGGAGUGGGUUCACAUUGACACCACCCCAUUUGCUGGCCUCCUCCGGAACCUGGGCAUCCUCUUUGGGCUGGGGCUGGCCCUCCACUCCCAGAUGUACAUGGAAAGCUGCAAAGGGAAGCAGGGCCAACAGCUGCCCUUCCGUUUGUGCUGCAUCGUGGCUGCGCUCAUUGUCCUGCAUCUGUUGGACUCCUUCAAGCUGCCCACUGAGGUGGAGCUGCUAUUCUAUGGCCUGUCUUUCUGCAAGAGUGCAGCUGUACCUCUGGCUGUUGUCAGCCUCAUCCCCUUCUGCAUGUCCCACAUUAUCAGGAUGCAAGAGAAGAAACUUGCAUAAAAGCAUUGCAUGUGCAGGACUUCCUGCCUGUGGAUCUACUUGUGACACUUGGGUGGUAUCCAUUUGGUGGCACUAACAGAAUUGAUACAAACUACUUCUAGUCUGGGUUUGGUUUUCCCUCCUGCCACAACAUGUACGUGGCUGCUGAAGUGGGAAGAAAUCCACUUGGGCUUCAGGCAAACACAUUUGUUGAGCUUCCUCUUGGAAGGGAUCUUAGAGGUAGGGGGGUUUUAAGCAAAAAAGA